UCCCGACACCGCUUCAUCCAACGUGGGCCGCACUCAAGACUUCGAGCGCUUUCCCAGGAGACUUCAUCCUCGACCACUGUCGGAACCUGACGGUCAUGGAGUCCUUGCGGAAGUCUCCAAAAGCUGCUGCGGACGGCCAAACCAUGGCGAAGGAAGAAGUCCCGUCGCAGGGGCCAAACGAAGAGACGUCGCUGCUGUCGCUGCCGGACGACGACCUGCUGAGCGUGCUGGAGUACCUGAGCACGCCAGACCUGCUGUCCUGCCGGGCGGUGUGUCAUCGCUUGCGGGACGUCGCUCUUCGGUCGGAGCUGUGGCGGCGACGCAGCAUGGACUUCGAGCAACGCGACGUCUCCACCGCAAGCCUCCGGCCCGCCGUUCUGCGCGUGGCUCCGUGUGCCUCCCGCCUGUACAUGUGGUUUGAUGGCGACAGCGACGCGCUCGGCACGCUGGCCGCCACGACCAGGUGCGCGGCGGCCGAGCUGAUCCUCGACGUGGACAACGACCCCUCGCGGCAGGUUGCGGCCAAACUCGCGAUCCGCAACCAGGCGGCGCUGGGGAUGCUGAGGACUCUGGACGUGCGCGUGGUGGCCCACAAAUCCAACGACGGCCACGCCGCGGACCUGCUGGCGGAGGUCUUCUCUACCCAGGGCCUGACCCGGUUGGUCGUGUGGGUAGUCGGGAUGGUGCAGUGGCCCGUGGGGGCUGGGCCCGCGCCGCUGAUCCCGGCGUCCAUCAAGGAGGUGGAUCUCUCUAACGUGGAUCCCCGCUUCGUGCACCGCGUGCUGCGCUCGCACGCCGCACUAUGGGUCAGAAUCAGAAAAACCUUUGCAAAAUGUCUACCAUGGAAACGAUUUGAGUUAUCGAUGUGAAAUUGCUGUGAGGGG